UCCCUAUAGCCAUAGCCAUCAUGAAGACCUGUGGAUUGGUAGCGGUGCUGGCGGGUGCAUCGGUUGUGGAGGGAUUCUUGCCUGCUACCAGCAACUCCCUGGCGCUGCGCCAAUCACAACCAUCAUGUGUGUCCGGGAAGUCAAAGGCUGCCGUAGGACGUCAGGCGAGGGCGCAGCAGCAGCAGCAGUACAUGGUUGCCGCGCCUGCUAAGGAGGACACCGUGGCGGCGGUGCCCCACGGAGGCACGCUUGUUGACCUCAACCUCAAAAGCGACGAAGAGAAGAAGGCAGCCAUUGCGGCCUGCGACAUCGAGAUAUACCUCAACCCUCGCCAGCUGUGCGACGCUGAGCUCAUCUGCAAUGGAGGCUUCAGCCCCCUGACGGGCUUCAUGACGGAGGAGGAGUACAUGAGCGUGGUGGAGAAGAACCGCCUGCCUAACGGAUUGCUCUUUGGCCUCCCGGUCGUUUACGACACGGACCGCGAAGACUUGAAGCCUGGGAUGAAGAUUUUGCUCAAGCAGGAAGGCAACGACCUGCCCAUCGCAACCAUGGAAGUCGGCGAGGUGUUCACGCCCAACAAGCCGCUCGAGACGCUCAAGUGCUACGGCACCUCCAAGCUCGAGCACCCCGGCGUGCAGAUGGUGGCCAUGGAGAAGGGCAAGUUCUACGUGUCCGGCAAGCUGACCGGGCUCAACCGGCCGGUGAGGGACUUCUUCUGCAAGACGCCGGCCGAGACCCGCGAGGACCUCCCCAAGGGCGUGGACGUGGUGGCCUUUCAGUGCCGCAACCCCAUCCACCGCGCACACUAUGAGCUGUUUACCCGUGCGCUUGACGCUGAAAACGUGGGCAGCGACGGCGUUGUGAUGGUGCACCCCACCUGCGGUCCCACCCAGGCGGAUGACAUCCCGGGAGACGUGCGGUACCGCACGUACGAGGUUCUUAAGGAGGAAACCGCGAACCCCCGCGUGAGGUGGGCGUACCUGCCGUACUCGAUGCACAUGGCCGGUCCUCGCGAAGUGAGUCAGUCGGCCCACUCCAUAAAGAAGAUGAUGAUGUCAAUGAGGGGAAUUCAUACAGUAGCGAUGAACGAGGAGGAGAGGGAACGAGAGAACAAGAGGACAACCAAGGCAGCAAUCGAGGAGGGAAUCAUGGAGAGGAAGAGAGCAGGAGCUUUAAGCCGGAUGAUCGUCCUCAAAACAAACGGCGCAGGGCUAGAAAAGAAUUGCCGAGAAAUAGCUGUAAAAAUGACGAUGAGAGUGAUGCUGGCCAUGCAGCACAUGAUGAUCCGCAAGAACUUCGGGUGCACCCACUUCAUCAUCGGGCGGGACAUGGCCGGCUCCAAGAGCAGCGUCACGGGGGAUGACUUCUACGGGGCGUACGAGGCACAAGAGUUUGCGGCGGCUAACUCGGAGGAGCUGGGUGUGAAGUGCGUGCCGUCUUUGAACCUGGUGUACACGGAGGAGGAGGGAUACGUGACGGCCGACGUCGCUGAGGAAAAGUCUUUGGUGAGACAAGCUACUCUCUGCUGUACACUAUUUAUUUUCAAAAAUGACUCGGACGAGAGGAACAAGAUGCCCUCAUGGCUUUGUUUUUUGACCAAGAAGUCUCUGUCGGGCACCAAGUUCCGCCAGAUGCUUCGCGGCGGGGAGGACAUCCCAGAAUGGUUUGCCUUCAAGUCGGUGGUCGACGUCCUUCGCGCGGCCAACUAAAUUGACCGAUUGAUAGAUUUCUCGGCUAGUGAUUGAUUCAAUUUGAUG